AUGGGAAUUGUCGUUAGUGAAGAUGGAAAUCGCGGCCGUUCCGAACAAGAGAAGAUCGAUAUGAUAGUCGCCGAAAAUGACUACGGGUUAGUUAUGGUAACUCUCGAUCAAAUAUCUGUUUUCCUAGGCUCGUGGUGGACUUCAUCUCUUACAGGUCGUAUACAGACCUUCAAAAGUUAUACACAUAUCCCUUUAAUGAGUAUAAUAAACCAGGAAUGUGCUUCCCUUGGAAGUCUAGGUUUUUAUUUCGCUGGGGUUCCGGCAUGGGCGGUGUCAAUAUGUCUCUUUAUCUGUCGAUAUCAUCCUCUAGAGCGCUUAAUCGCCACUAUACAGAACCACUUUCCAAACAACGACACCGGAUCGAAGCUCGUGAGAGCAUCAUUCACCAUCUUACACUCUGCUACUAGAGGCGUUCUGUUAGUCCUCGCUAUGCAGACUUAUAUAUACUCCCUACUCCAAUCCCUCCAUUUAAUCCAUCAUACCUCCUUUCCAGGCAUUGGGUUCCUCGUGCCAUUUGGCGAGUUUGCUGCGAUGCAGCUCCCACAUUUUCCAGCGGAUCUCUCGGUUCACUCUCUGAGCGCGUUUGUGCUGAAUUUAUUUAAAGCCCCCUCCCUUUUCUAUAUAUAUGUCUACCUACGGCCUCUCAUCGAAAUCCGCCUAUAUCGAUUUAUUCGCAGACGACUGCCGAAGCCCAGCCUUUCGGAUGAUCUUUCCAUCAAGGUGGCUUUCGACAAUGACCUCAUUGACUGGAUGGUUCCUACUUUGGGGCGCCGAUCGGAGGAGGAGAUGCGACGCAGCAACUUGUCUUUUAUGGAUGACUUGCUAUAUGAGUUGAGCACUUUUCAACAGUGGAUGUCGUCUAAACUUAGCUUCAGACGCAAAAGGGCUACGCACGUCCCAAGACAGGCACCAGAUAUUUCUCGGGGACAAGAAUGCCCGGAAUCUUUGCCCGGGAAUACUGAGCACAUACACACUACACAAUCAUCUCAGCCGCCAAUCAGAUCCGCUACAGAUUCGCAUUUGCCGUUGCAAGAACAGCCUCACGAUCGAGAUAUUAUUGCGUCUAAUUCAAUGUCAAGUUCAGAUGUCGAUCCUGACGGGAGAAGGGCUAUAUCGGAUGAAGAGAACCAAAUUCCCUCACCCCCGGCCGAAACUGGGAAUGGGGAUAUCGUGGACCUAACUCCAUUAAGACGCGCCAGACACAACACUCCCACUGAGGACAUAUCUCCUCCACGGGAGCAAGAGGGUCGCCAUGACGAUGCUGGAAUUGAUGAAAGCACACGAGACUCACGCUCAGAUACACUACUCUCCCAGUCGUCUUCCACAUCUUCAUCUCAAUCAUCACCUCAAGUUCGAGCCCAAGUUAUUCAAAAUUCAGAUGUCAUUGCCAUGGAAUUACAGUUAGAGAGCCACCAUACCCAGGGCCAAGCGCAAGGAAAUCAUAGGCCUGGAAAUGACUCCAAUCGACCAGCCUUGAAUGGAGAGCCAGCUGACCGUCGAUCUAUAUCUGACUUUAUUGACUCUUUGUUAUCUAAUCAGGGUCAAAAUCUCGCUACUAUACUAAACUCCGAAACUAUGGAUAGCGACGCUCUUUCCAACCUGACCACUGGUGCCUCUCCCGAGGUUGGAGAUAACGCAACUCCGCUUGUACCUUUUGGUCGGCCAGAUGACACAACGGGAGAGCAACUAGCUCUUGAAUCCACAGUGGAGCCCCCUGUGUCAAGUUCAGUGAAUAUCUUGCCCGAUGUAGUGGAAGAGCCAUCUCAUGAUGAUACAAAUCUCCAGAUAUCUGACGUGCAGCCCAAUAUGGACAAUGAUCUUGAGUCGGAUAUUUUCCCACAUAUAUCAGACCCCAGUGUUCGUCCCAGUACAGCGACAGGUGCUCCCGCUGCUUCUUCUCCAGCUCACCGAGUUACAAUCCUCUCUGCCCUCCCAGUUGACUCUCUUGCGUCGCAUCUCGCAUCAAUGAUCACAACUGCUCUCUUUGUGCCUCUUGAAUCCUUCUACCUGAGAUCUCUUGCAGCAUCCUAUCUCUCAUCCACUGGAGCAUCCCCCGCCCUCAGAUCUGAUGUUUAUGGCCUUGGAGUCUGGUGCGGUGCCGGCUCGCGGUCAGAUGCCCUAGCCUACAUGGGGAAAAUGACCCUCAUGAUGGGAAUGCAAGCCGCCAUGAAUGUUAGUGUUUGGGGAAUCAUAUCGGGCACCGCCAUCAGAAUUGGAAGGAGAUGGUGUGGCUGGGGAUCACUGUAA